GCUGAUAGGUCAUCCAUUAACUGUCCUUGCAGGCAACGAUUGUCGAUUGCAAGUCAACGAUCCAAAGUUCGACACAAAAACACCCCGGUUGAACGUGAUUAAAAGAGGAGUAUCAUGUCUUUGAAAACAUUUUCCUGCAGAGGUUUGUUGAAAUUAUUAAACCACGGUGUCGUCACUUCAAGUAAACCGCAGCGUGCGCGAGAUGCAGCAGCCGCUGUGCUGGGACGGAGCUCCGCGCGGGGCUACUACAACUACGGGAAGCCCAGGUACACCGGGGCGGCCCACGUCACCGUGGUGGACCUCCGCAGCGACACGGUCACCAAGCCCGGGCCGGCAAUGCGCCAGGCCAUUGCGGAGGCCGAGGUCGGAGAUGACGUGAUGGGAGAGGACCCCACAGUUAAUGAGCUACAGAAAAUUGCAGCCGACAUGUUUGGGAUGGAGGCCGCGCUGUUUGUCCCCUCGGGAACCAUGAGUAACCUCAUCGCAGUGAUGGUGCACUGCAGGGAGCGGGGUGAUGAGAUGAUUGUGGGCGACCUGUCCCAUUUACACAUCUAUGAGCAAGGAGGAAGCGCACAGCUGGCUGGCGUCCACGCCACCACGGUGACCACCCUCCCCGAUGGAACAUUUGACUUGGAGCAGCUGGAGUCGAAGAUCCGCCACGGUUACCCAGAUCCCCACUACCCACGCUCACGCCUCAUAUGCGUGGAGAACACACACAACAUACAGGGGGGACGUGUGCUGCCUCUGGCCUUCCUGCACGAGGUUCGUGCUUUAGCAGAUAGAUAUGGUCUGUCAGUUCACAUGGAUGGAGCCAGGGUGAUGAAUGCUGCUGUGGUCCAGGGGGUGCCUCCAUCCACCAUACUGCAGCACACACACACCGUCAGUGUGUGCCUCUCCAAGGGUUUGGGUGCCCCUGUGGGUACCAUGCUGGCGGGACCGCAAGACUUCAUAGCCCGAGCAGUGCGGUGCCGAAAAGCCCUGGGUGGCGGGAUACGGCAGGCUGGCAUACUAGCAGCAGCUGGAAAACUGUCUUUGCUGGAUAUGGUAGGAAGACUGGAGGAGGAUCACCGCAAUGCUAAAACCUUUGCUCAAGCUCUGCUCGACUGUGACCCUCCUCUAUUUGCCGUAGACAUGGCGGCCGUGGAGACAAACAUCCUGCGUUUCCGUAUAGAGGAACCCAGUUUGAGCCCCUCUGAGUUCUGUGCCCGCAUGGGUCAGGUUUGCGAGGGAGAGGAGGCUGCACUGGGUCAAGGGAUAAAGGUUCUCAUGUACCCUCAUUUUGGAAACUCAGUAAGGGCUGUUUGGCAUCUUGGGAUAUCCCUUGAAGACACCCAGCUGGCCAUCCAGAAAAUGCAAUUUGUUGCUUCUCAGUAUUUGAAGGAAAAACUCAGGGACCAGUGAAACCUGAUGUGUAUUCUAAUCACUAGGACUGAUCAUAGAAAUUUUAUACAGACUAAUCUAGAAAAAGAGCGAAGCACACGGGACAAACACAACUGGAUCACUUUGGAUCAUGGACCUCUUUAUAUCCAUAUUAAUUUCA